CUGGACCGGGUCGUAUUGUUUAAGUGGAUGGCGGAUUACGUUAAUUGCUUUCAAUUAUAUCAUCAUUGUGCGUCUGGGAGGACCGUGCUUCGUCGAAAACGCAGCGGGCGCUCGGCGCUUCAUACUCCCUUUCCCCUCCACGAGCCCAAACAUACCACAGGAGCUGCUACAUGAGUUGCAGCAGCUCUUCCCCAGCAGAAAGACAGCUCUGGGUCGGCCCGUUACAGGAGUCGAGCUCCCUCUUACGGCGUGGUGUGUCCGCCCGUGAAGCGGACGACGAGGCACUCACUCGCGAGGAGGGAAAGUGAGAUUACAGGCUGCUGCUUUGUGUUAGCGGGAGCUCGAGACAGGUGGACAGAAUGUUUCAACUCCCAGUCAACAACCUCAGCAUUCUAAGGAAAGCUAGGAAAAAUGUGAAAAAAGUGCUGGGUGACAUUGGCUUGGAGUUUUGUAAGGAGCACAGUGAUGACUAUAAAGAAUUUAUUCCCAAUGAGUUCUAUAUUAAGAACACGUCAUGGGACGAUGUUUGCAUGUGGGAUCCCUCAAUGACCAAAUCACAAGAGUACCGCUCAAAGCCAUUCUGUUGUUCAGGUUGUACAUUCUCCUCAAAGUUUUUCUCAGCCUACAAGAGUCACUUUCGUAAUGUGCACAGUGAGGAUUUUGAAAAUCGCAUUCUUUUGAACUGCCCCUAUUGCACUUACAAUGGGAACAAAAAGACAUUGGAGACUCACAUCAGACUGUUUCAUAUGCCGAACAAUGCAGUGCGCCAGAAUGCUGGUGGGCUUCAGGCAGUAGGGGUUGGCUUGAAGGAUGCUGCUCGCCUGGAUAAGACACGUGAUAAUGUUGAGCAGGCAGUGUACUACUGUAAGAAAUGCACUUACAGGGAUCCACUAUACAAUGUGGUGCGCAAGCAUAUCUACCGGGAACAUUUCCAACAUGUAGCAGCACCGUACGUGGCGAGGCUUAGUGACAAGGCAACACCACCUAAUGGGACAGCAGGCUCCGGUACAGGGAGUAAUGCUAAUUCUAGCACCAUUGCUGUUGGUGCCCACAAUACAUGCACAGCCAUUCAUUGCAAACGAUGCCUCUUUGUACCACGUACCUAUGAAGCACUUGUGCAGCAUGUCAUUGAGGACCAUGAGCGCAUUGGUUAUCAAGUUACUGCCAUGAUUGGACAUACUAAUGUUGUGGUACCUCGGGGAAAGCCUGUAAUAAUGGUGUCUCCUAAAACUCAGGGGGAUAAGGGCAUCAUUGGUAUAAUGCCAAAGGGAACGGCAGUGGCAGCUGGAGGGCAGCCUUUGUCUACUCAGCAGCUGAGUCGAAUUGUCAUUCCAAAAGUAAGUUUGAACUCAACUGGGUUCCUGUCAAGUGUUCACCUGAAACAAGGGGCAUUUGGUCUGAAGCCAGGGUCUACCCAAGCUUUGAACAUUGGAGGAAAACAGGUGCCGUUAUCGAUGGCGCAGCAGUCUCAAACAAAUAAAACUCAGCUCUCUGCUAGUCUCCGCAGUUCCGUCUCUACAUCAGCAUCCACAUCUGUACUAAAGAUUCCUCAACUGACCUCACGAGUUCAGGCAGCGGCUACUACUGUGACUUCUGUUACCCCCAAGAAAGGCAACUCUGUCACUGGCACAUCUUAUACUCAGAAAUGGAAGAUCUGCACCAUCUGCAAUGAACUCUUUCCAGAAAAUGUAUAUAGUUCACAUUUUGAGAAGGAGCACAAAGCAGAGAAGGUGCCAGCGGUGGCCAACUACAUUAUGAAAAUCCACAAUUUCACCAGUAAGUGCUUGUAUUGCAACCGUUACCUACCUAGUGACACACUUCUUAACCACAUGUUGAUACAUGGCCUAUCCUGUCCACACUGCAAGGCCACGUUCAAUGAUGUCGAAAAAAUGGUGACUCAUAUGCGAGGGGUGCAUCCUAACGAAUCCAUCGAGCAACGUACAGACUCGCCACUUACAUUUGACCUUACACUUCAGCAGGGCAAUCCGAAGAACGUCCAACUGAUUGUCACCACAUAUAAUAUGCGAGAUGCCCCUGAAGAAUCUGUAGCAUUCCAUGCCCAAAACAAUGCGUUGCCAUCAUCAAAUGUGCAUAAACAGGUUACGCCACAAAUCUCAAAGACAUCCUCUGAUGCCUCGGGUGCAAUAGCAGCUAAGACUUCACCACAAGCGGCUGUUCCCUAUAAGAGGGAUGUAGGGAAAACACUUUGUCCUUUGUGCUUCUCUAUUCUCAAGGGACCUAUUUCAGAUUCUCUAGCCCACCACUUGCGUGAGAGGCAUCAAGUUAUACAAACGGUUCAUCCUGUAGAGAAGAAGUUGACCUAUAAAUGUAUACAUUGCCUUGGUGUCUAUACUAGUAACAUGACAGCUUCCACCAUCACAUUGCAUCUAGUGCACUGCCGCGGUGUAAGCAAAACUCAGAAUGGUCGACCUGCUCCAUCUGCCAGAGUUGUGCAGGCCCAGGGGGCUGGCCUCAAGAGGUCAGGUCUAGCAAACUAUGACCAGACCGAGCCAAAGAAAAGGAAAGUCAUUGCAGAUGACCAGGCUAGGUCAAUGUCACCUGAGGACCCUGUGGUCUUUGCCUUGGACCCAAAAGGUCUUGAGAAUGAGUCCUAUGAGGCACGUAAAGCGUUCCUCACUCAGUACUUUAACAUGCAGCCCUAUCCCACUCGCCGAGAGGUGGAGAAGCUGGCAUCCAGUCUCUGGCUUUGGAAAUCUGACAUUUCAAGCCACUUCGCUAAUCGAAGAAGGAAAUGCAUGCUUAAUUGUGAAACGCAACAAACUCGUGUCUUACUAGGAUUUAAAAUGGAAGACAUUGUACAUUUGCAACAUCCCAUCAACUUUGACUCAAAGUGGUAUUUUGAGGGCAACAAACAUGAGCCGAAAAGACGAACUUCUAGAAAUCGUAUAGGCCGAUCUGCCAAUGCCAUUAACAUUCAGAAAAGAGCUACAACCAAUGGUGAACUGCAACAGAAGCAGGCGACGCUGGCAAGGUUUGCUGCUAAAGCCUCAUUCUACUCAAAUUGUCAAAAGGCCUCCAUAGGGAGCCACUGCAAUGCUUCAAUCGAGAGCACCUUAAAACCUGGAGCACUUGUCAAUUCAGAACCAAUUGCUGUGGACUCAGACAGUGAUAAUGAGGUGAAAGUCAUUGCUGUGCAACAGCAAGAGAAUGCUUGGCUAAAUACACAGUCAGUUAGCAGUGAGGAACCAGAGGUCAAUUACAAAGAGGAUGGGAGUAACUCUGAUAUCAGGGAGGACUCACACAGCAAAAAUGGUUAUGGGUCAAAAGACAUGUUAGAGGAAAAAAAGCAGCCAAUGGGUGAGUGCCAGUCAGAUAUCACAAACAAGCUUGAACAAUCAAAAUCAGAGCCUGUUUUAACAAAGCAACAGGUCUGAUUUCAGGACAGGGUAAAUUAAAUGGACAUAUAUAUAUAUAUAUAUAUAUUUGCAUUUGUGUUAUGUUUUGACAUACACCAACAAUGCUGCCUCAUUGAACUUCUGGGCCUUGGUUACAGAGAGUAGCUAUAAGGAUAUGCUUUUUAUUUAACUCCUAAAGCCAUUUAAAAGGCAAAAAAGUCAUAUUUCACAGUUUUGAACUUAUGAAGAUGACUGCGAAUGAAUUCAGGGUUGACUGUCUCUCAGGAUAGGGAAAGACAACACUGAACAUGCACCAAACAAUAGAACAUGAUUUGCCUUCAGUUUAAGUUUCUUUAAUAUAUACCAGAAACGUACUUAUUAAUGUUUGUUCAGCCACUGUUGUAUGGCUAAAGGAGUGUUUAUUAGAACACCACAGUUUUUCAUGAAUUUCAUGUUAUAUAGAAUAGAUAGUGUAUAUUUGUACAGUCUUUUAGAUAUGCCUAAGGAGAUGUGUAGGUGUACUCACUGAUUGAAAAAAAAAAAAAAAAGAUUUGCUAUACUUUUUGUGCUCACGCUUAAUGGUCAUAUGUUCUACAUUGGAUCACAUUUACAAUGGAUGUGGCUUUGGUGGCUUUUUUUCUUGUUUACUUUUAUUUACAAAAGUAUAGCAUUUUGCUAAAAAUAUGUAUAUAAAUAUAAAAAUGCUUAUUAAACAGAACAAUCUCUUGCUUUUGUUUUGCUUGUUUAUAAUUUAAGUAUUUUUAUAAAUAUAUUACCAUUACAAAACUUGUAUUUUGCUUUAAGGGCAGCUUUCCAUACAUCCACUGCCCUAACUUCACAAUAAAUGGCCAUUAAAUUGACCACUGUAUCAUUGUGAUAAGUAGACUAGUCUGUGUUUGGUUCAGCCCCUGCUGAAUGCUGUUUGUUUUCUCUUCUAACGAUUUCACUUAAACUUCUACAGAUGGACUGCUGUUGUAACAUGAGGUCCAGAAUGAGCAUUCUGUCUUCAGUCUAACCUUGUGUUUAAAUUUGUGACCUCCAGUUAUUGUUUUUCCUCUUUUUUUUUUUUUUUUUUUUUUUUCUUUCCUUUUCAUUCUGAACAAUAAAGU